GGAGACAAAUUGUUGAAAGCACUGAAGCAGCAUUUUAAUGGAGCAAAAGAAGAAAACAGAAAUAUGGACUCUGAAAAAAGUGCGCCUGCUUCCAUUGAAUCAGAUGAACUGAGCAAUCGGGAGAAAAUUAUGCCUGACUCAGUAUGUUUUAUUACAAAAAGAUGUGGUAAAGAAAAGAAAACAAGAAAAAAGAGGAACUCCAAUGGGGAAACUAAUGCCAGUGAAGAAAAUAUAGGUUUUUCUGCUGAGAAAGAGGAGCAUUCUGAAAUGAAAGAAAACAAAGUGCCUAAGGGUGAGUGUGGAAAGGGACAGAAGGUAUUCCAAAAUGAAGAACCAGUAACUGAAAAGAAAGCUAUUGAGAAUCCAGGGAUGGGUGCUGCUCAGAAAGGACAGCCAGAGAAGACUUCUACUAAAAGAAGACAUGAAUGUGAUACUCAUCGUGCAGGAGGGAAGAUCCCUGUAUCUGUAGGCCGUGCAUCUAGGUCUGGGAAAACAGAAAUGAAAGCUACUACUACACCAAACUUUAAAAAGUUGCAUGAGGCUCAGUUCAAGAAAAUGGAAUCUAUUGUUGACUACACUGAGAGGAAAAAAAAAAGGAAUGAAAACUGCAGCAGUUCUCACAAUGAAGUCAAGAAACAAACCAGUGGCAAAACGUUUUUAUUCAGCCCAAAUCCAGAAAGAGGCAGAUUCUCCGCCACCUGCACCCCUAGUACCCUGCGGCGUUCACCACACAGUGCUCUGAACACUGCCAAUCGGAGUAUUUUAUCUAGGAAAUCUUCAUUUAAUCCUUCUGUCCUUUCAACAGCCAAAAUGAAUGUCAGGUUUUCGGAAGCCACAAAAGAUAAUGAGCAUAAACGCUCUCUUACCAAGACUCCAUCUAGAAUGUCUCCAUACUUGGAGGGGAUUUGUACACCUGACAGCCAAAAGAGCUGCAAACUGAUAAGUCGGAAAAACAGCAAGGGAAAUGCAAGCAAUAAUGAUCUGACUGCAUCAAAGGUUAUGACUCCAUUCAAGUUUGCAGCUCACCCUGCAGAACCCACAAGCACCAAGAAGACAUUUGAUCUCAAAGCAAGUCUCUCAAGGCCGCUUAAUUAUCAGCCACACAAAGGACGACUAAAACCUUGGGGAGAAUUUAAAGAAAACAUAGUCCUAAAAAAGUCUGUCGGUAGCAACGUCUCUUCACAUCAGAAAAAUUACAAACAGCCACCUCUCCAGACAAGGGAAGAAAGGCGUGAGAAACAUGAGCAAGAAAGAAAAAAGAAAAAGGCUCAGACUCUCGGAAACCGCAGAGGACUAUCUGUGUGUUAA